AUGGGUUCCUUAUCGUUUGUUAACGUUGUUGCCGUGCGAGAUAAGGAUCAUCCAACGAGAAUAUGCAACGGCAGGCCAUAUGGUGCAGACAGGGAUGGCUGCGCCCUAUGGUGGGGGUGUCUUCCCUCCUCCGGUAAACGGGUUGCGGGUGUUGUGGGGGCGGCCGGAGCAGCCGGUGACGUUAAGCCACCACCACCAGUGUCGGUAAAGGACGAUAAUGCCGGUGCACCCCAGCAACCACCCCCGACCGGCGGGCCCCAGGUGCCGCCCGCGGCGGGUGCACCCCAUCCCGCCGCUCCUGGUGCGCAGACCGCGGCCAGCUUCAGUCCGCCUCCGCCCCCGAAUGGGGUCGAUCAACAAGCCAUCUCGGAGGUGUUUCAGGCUGCGGUGGUAGCAGCGGCGGCUGCAGCCGCGGGUGGUGGUGGCCAGCAACCCGCGCCAACACCAGGCGGUGGCAGCGAGACCAACCCCGAAGGCGGAGUGGAGGCUGCGGCGUUGGCACCUGUCACCUCAGGCGCGACGACACCCGCGACAGCGACACAAGGCACCGACCUCAAAGGUCAACCAAAACGUUUGCACGUUAGCAACAUACCUUUUCGCUUCCGAGACCCUGACCUCAGGGCAAUGUUUGGGCAAUUUGGGCCAAUUCUUGACGUGGAAAUUAUAUUUAACGAAAGAGGCAGCAAGGUGAACAACGCAACUGCGAGGGUACAGACGAAAAAACCGCCGACGGUACCGAACGUGUGUGUACAGUGGCCAGAGGCUGCGGCACUUAGGGGAGUUGCCAUACAACGUGGAAGAGUAGGAACAACAAGGGCAACUUUUCCAACUAGCGCGGCCGCACUGGCAUUGGCGAGGAAUCCGGGGCCGCUUGCGGCCGCAGCUGCGGCCACGGCCCUGCACCCUUUUGCACCUGCUGUUUACUACGACCCCUUCCUCGCGGCUCACGCAGCGACGCAGGAUCCCAACUACAGGUUGCAGGCUAAAGCGCCCGCCCUGGAGGCCGCGGCAGCGGCAGCCGCAGCUUCACCAUUGUUGAAGACACCACUAUCAACAGCACAACAAGCUACAUACGCAGCUGCAGCGACCUACACGGCGGUGGCUGCGCGCGCAUACGGUGCAGCUGCAGCUGCGGCACAACCGGUCGCAGGAUAUGCCGCAGUCGCGGGUUAUGGGCGUGAAUACGCCGAUCCCUACCUCGGACAUGGCAUCGGACCUGUGGCGGGUUAUGGGGCAACGGUAUACAGAGGUGGUUACAACAGGUUCACGCCAUAUUAAAUGGAUCGUUGAUAGACAGAGCCCGAGAGCCUUCCAAGUUAUACUCAGCAGAACAUGACCAGACAUAAAGCCGACAUAAUCAUCACCGUCAUUUUUUGCCAUCAUCCAGAUCGCCCGAGAGACGACGAGCCUGGGCCUUCCAUGCAUGCUGACUCGCCGGUUUUGCUCCAAUUUUAUUCCAACUGAUUUUGUGACCCGAGAUCGUCGCGAAGGACUGAAAUGCAAUCGUUCUUAACACUCUAAAAUUGUUCGAUCAGAAAGAAACUGUUGUUAACGUCAACGGAACAUUAUCUGCGUCAAAUGUUUAAAUAAUACUUAAAAAUAUAUGAACGGCGAA